CUCAUGAAACAAGCCAGGCAUACGAGUGGAUGUUGCGGACCUUUUCUGAUUGCAUGGCACAGAAGCAUCCGAUAUCUGUGAUCACAGAUGGGGACCUUGCAAUGCAGAGAGCAAUAAGGGUGGUCUGGCCAGACUCAAACCAUAGACUAUGUAUAUGGCACAUUCAGCAGAACAUUGUACGCCAUCUGCAUGAUGACGACAUAAAGGAGGAAUUCAGAUCUUUCAUUUAUGAUACUUCUUCCAUUGAAGAGCAUGAGAUAAAAUGGAUACAAUUCUUACAAUGGAAUAAAGUAACCAGUGAGGAGUCUUGGCUGCAUCAGAUGUAUCAGAUGAGAAAGUUGUGGUGUGCUCCAUAUCUUGAGGGGCGUUCUUUCCUAGGAUUGAGCAGCAAUCAGAGGAGUGAGAGCUUGAACUCUGUGCUACAUACGCAUCUUGAGGGUAAGAUGUCAUUGUUUGAAAUGCUAGAGCACUAUGAGCGUUGCCUUGCGUCGCGACAGAUUAACGAAGCUCUCCAUGGCGUCGAAGCCUUGCAGUCCGUUCCAUUUACAGAGGAAAAUGCUUCGCCGCUUGAGAAACACGCCGCAACAGUUUUCACACCUAGUGUCUUUAAGAUGGUCUUAUGGAGCAUAGAUGCUGUCAGCAAAUGUCAGAUUAGAGAGAUACUAGAUGGAUCAGAAGAUUCCACUUAUGUUGUGUCCAAGCAGGAAAGAAUGGAUAAAAAGUUUGGAGUGCGCAUUGAAGAGCAAGGAGGUCUUUUGCACAGGGUGAGUUGUUCUUGCCGUAAGCUGGAAUGCGUAGGCACACCAUGUUCCCACAUUUUUUACAUAUUGGGGAUUUUAAAACAAACAAUUCUGCCCGGUUGUUGCGUUCCCACUAGGUGGACUAUGAAUGCAAAAUGUGCAUACGCACCUACUAGAAAAAAACCAGAUGUAUGACUAUUCGGUAAGCCUGCAGAGGUACCGCGAGUUGCAGAAUUGUAGUCACGCCGCAAGUUUCCAGGCAUGCCACUCUGAUGAGGACUAUCACCGUCUAAAGAUGCUUUUGCAAGCACAACAUCAUGGCAAGCAAUCAAGUUUUGAACAAGCUGACAGCAAGGAGUCAACUAAUGCUCAUCAUAACAGCAUUAGGUUUGGCCCGUUGAUGCCGCACUCGCAGAAAGUUGAUAAGGUUCUGGAUCCCGUGCAUGUGCCAGGACAAGGUGCACCGAAGAAAAGGCUGCAGGCAAAGACAAAGAAGUCAAGAUCACAGAAUAUAUGUGGCUAUUGCAAGAAACCAGGUCACAAUCAACGUAAAUGCGCUAAAUUGCUAGAGGAUCUUGAGGCUGAAUUGUGAUAUCUACAUACAGCAUGAACCGACGAUGAGCCAGAGAAAGUCGUGUGCCAUUCAGCUUUGUGUGACGUGGUCUUUACAUUCUAUUUCAUCGUGACAGUAAUUUAGUGAAGUGCGGUUGUACUGCCAUGUUACUGUAUUAGUUCGACAUCUUUCGUUUCCAUUUUCUGUGCGUAUCAUUUGAUGUCCAACUUUAAGAAUAAUGAUGUAUUUCGACAAAUUGGGCACUAUGAUUCUUCACCCUUA